AUGACCAUUUCAGACGUCAGACUAGAGUACCUGGAGGAAGUCGCCACUGUCCUGCUCAAGUUCAAGAUAGACAAGUGGAGCAAGCUGAUUGGAGCAGAAGAGAACAUGGCCUUAUUCACAGAAUUCUUUGAAAAGCCAGACGUUUUGGUUCUGGUGCUGACGCUCAACCCUGCCGGCAUGAUCGUGCCCUGCCUGGGCUUCCCGGAGUCCCUCAAGUCCAAAGGGGUUUACUUCAUCAAGACAAGGCCUGACAACAUCACCAAGGAGAACUAUAAGAGCCGCCUCCUCUACGGGGACAUCAGCCCCACGCCCGUGGAACAGCUGAUCGCAGUGGUGGAAGAGAUCCUGUAUUCUCUGCUAAACCAAAGUGAGAACAUGGACGAAUGGCCCCGGGUGGUCUCGGAGGACAUCGUGAAACAGGUGCACCGGCUGAAGAAUGACAUGUUUGUGAUGGGAGGCAAGAUCAAGGGGAAGACGCUGCUGCCCAUCCCCGAGCACCUGGGCAGCCUGGACGGCACGCUGGAGUCUAUGGAGAGGCUCCCCUCUACACUGGACAACUCUCUCUUGCAUGCCAUCGAAACCAUCAUCAUUGACUGGUCCCACCAAAUCCGGGAUGUGCUGAGCAAGGACUCGGCCCAGGCCUUGCUGGACGGGCUGAACCCCCUUCCCCGUGUUGAGUUUGAGUUCUGGGACGCCCGUCUGCUGAACCUCAAGUGCAUCCACGAGCAGCUAAACAGGCCCAAAGUGAACAAGAUUGUGGAGAUCCUGGAAAAGGCCAAAAGCUGCUAUUGGCCAGCCCUGCAAAACGUCUACAUGAACGUCACGGAAGGGCUGAAAGAGGCUGAGGACAUCGUGCUUUACCUGAAGCCCCUGCGGGUGCUGCUGGAGGAGAUGGAGCAGGCUGACUUCACCGCGCUUCCGACCUUCAUUGCCAAGGUGCUGGACACUAUCGCCUUCAUCUGGGCCACCUCCGAGCACUACAACACGCCCUCCAGAACCAUCGUCAUCCUGCAGGAAUUCUGCAACCAGAUCAUCGAGAUGACACGAACCUACCUGAGCCCAGAGGAGGUGCUGAAAGGCCUGCAGGGCGAGAUCGAGGAGGUCCUGCUGGGCAUCUCGCUGUCGGUGAACGUCCUGCAGGAGCUCUACCGCGCCUACGACUUCUGCUGCGCAAACAUGAAGCUCUUCUUUAAGGACAAAGAACCGGUGCCUUGGGAAUUCCCUUCUUCCCUGGCAUUUUCCAGAAUGAAUUCCUUCUUCCGCCGUGUCCAAACCAUUGAGAAUCUUUACAAAACAGCUAUUGAGUUUCUGAAGCUGGAGAAGAUCGAGCUGGGGGGUGUGAAGGGGAACAUCCUCGGGAAGCUGGUGACCCAGAUCUACGAAGAAGUCUUUGAGCUAGUCAAGGUUUUUGCCGACUGCAGAUAUGAUCCCUUGGACCCUGGAGAUUCGAGUUUUGACGACGACUAUGCUGAUUUUGAGACCAAAAUUAAAGACCUGGACAGGCGGCUGGCCACAAUCUUCUGCCAAGCGUUUGAUGACUGCUGCUCUAUCGAGUCCUCUGCGAAGCUCCUGUACAUGUGCGGAAGCCUCUUGGAGCGGCCUCUGAUCCUCACCGAGGUGGUGCCCAAGUACUCAGUCAUGCUGGAGAUGUUUAACACCGAACUGGACAAUGCCAAGAUCUUGUACGAUGCCCAGAUGGCAGCCUCUGCAGAGGGGAACAUCCCCCCAAUCCACAAAAACAUGCCCCCUGUGGCCGGGCAGCUCAAGUGGAGCCUGGAGCUGCAGGAGAAGCUGGAGGUGUCCAUGAGGCACUUGAAGCACAUUGACCACCCGGUCAUGUCCAGUGUGGAGGCCAACCUGGUCUACCAGAAGUACGACGAGAUGAUGACACUGCUGAGGGACUGCCGGCAGAAGGCCUACCAACAGUGGGUGGCGCGCGUGGACCAGGACUGCCACUUCAACCUGGGCCAGCCGCUCAUCCAGCGGGACCCAGUCACCAACCUCAUCCAUGUCAACUUCAGCAAGGCGUUGGUGGCAGUUCUGAGAGAAGUCAAGUACUUGAAUUUCCAGCAACAAAAAGAAAUUCCAGAUAGUGCAGAGAGUCUGUUCUCAGAGAACGAAACCUUCCGGAAGUUUGUGGGCAACUUAGAGCUCAUUGUUGGCUGGUAUAAUGAGAUAAAGACCACCGUGAAAGAAGUGGAGUUUCCACUCAUAAAGUUAGAACUGGAGGAAAUUGAUGUCAAGUUGCAGAGCGCUGAAACGACAUUAUUCUGGAACGGUGAAGAUGUGUUCCAGUAUAUUCAAGAGAUGCGAGAAAUUCUAUAUAACUUGCAGAACAGGAUGCAAAAAGCAAAGCAAAAUAUAGAAGGAAUUUCCCAGACCAUGAAGGACUGGUCAGCCAACCCAUUGUUUGAGAGGAAGGACGGCAAGAAGGAGGCCCUGCUCGACCUGGACGGAAGGAUGACCAACCUCAACAAGCGCUUCACGGCGGUGAAGGAUGCCGGCCUGAAGAUCCAGGCCAUGGUUGCGGAAAACGCAGAGCUGUUCAGGGCAGACACCCUGAGCCUGCCCUGGAAGGGUUAUGUCAACUACAUUGACAACAUGGUCUUAGAAGGAUUUGACCAGUUCGUCCGCAAAUCUCUAAGUUACCUGACGGACAACAUGGUCUUAGAUGGGCUCACCUUCAAUCCGUCCCUGGAGGUGGGCUCAGAGCGUGGCUUCCUGGCGCUGAUUGAGGGCCUGGUCAACGACAUCUACAACGUAGCCAGGCUCAUCCCCCGGCUGGCUAAGGGCAGGAUGAGCUACAAGACGGAUCUGGAGGACAUGACAGACCUCAUAGAGAUUCGGGAGGAGUUGUCCAGCCUGGUCAUCAAUGCCAUGAAAGAGGCUGAAGAGUACCAGGACUCCUUUGAGAGGUACUCCUACCUCUGGCUGGAUGACCCCCAGGAGUUCAUGAAGAACUUCUUGAUCUUUGGGCAUCCGCCCACUGCGGAGGACUUGGACACCCGGACAGAGGAUACCAUUCCCAAGACACCACCUAACCUUGCUCAGUUUCAGCAGCAGAUUGACUCCUACGAGAAGCUGUAUGAGGAGGUGUCCAAGUGCGAGAACACCAAGGUGUUCCACGGCUGGCUGCAGUGUGACUGCCGCCCCUUCAAGCAGGCCCUGCUCAGCACCAUCAGGCGCUGGAGCCUCAUGUUCAAACGGCACCUGAUCAACCACGUCAUCAACAGCCUUGCUGACCUGGAGUCCUUCAUGAAAGUCGCCAGGACAGGCUUAACAAAGCCCCUCAGAGAGGGGGAUUAUGACGGCCUGGUGGAGGUGAUGGGGCACCUGAUGAAGGUCAAGGAGAGGCAGGCGGCCACUGACAACCUGUUUGAGCCCCUGAAGGAAACCAUCAAGCUGCUCAAGUCCUACGGGGAGGAGAUGCCAGAGGAGAUACACCUGAAGCUGCAGCAACAAAAGAGCAUCGCGGCCAUGGAGAGCACCAUGGAGGCCCUGUCCAAGUCUGGCAGCCUGUUCGAGGUCACAGUCCCAGACUAUAAGCAGCUCAAAGCCUGCCACCGGGAGGUCCGCCUGCUGAAGGAGCUCUGGGACAUGAUUGUCAUGGUGAACACCAGCAUCGAUGACUGGAAGACCACCAGAUGGAAAGACAUCAACGUUGAGCAGAUGGACUUAGACUGCAAGAAGUUUGCCAAGGAUGUGAGGUCCCUGGACAAAGAGGUGAAAACCUGGGACGCCUUCCUGGGGCUCGACAACACCGUGAAGAACAUGAUCACGUCCCUGCGUGCGGUGAGCGAGCUGCAGAACCCCGCCAUCCGGGACCGCCACUGGCAGCAGCUCAUGCAGGCCACACAGGUGAAAUUUGAGAUGUCAGAUGAGACUACCCUGGCGGAUCUGCUCCAGCUGAACCUCCACAAUUACGAGGACGAGGUCCGCAACAUCGUGGACAAGGCUGUGAAGGAGUCAGGGAUGGAGAAGGUGCUGAAGACCUUGGACAGCACCUGGAGCACAAUGGAAUUUGAGCAUGAGCCGCACCCGCGGACAGGCACCAUGAUGCUCAAGUCGGAUGAGGUCCUGGUGGAGACGCUGGAGGACAACCAGGUGCAGCUGCAGAACCUGAUGAUGUCCAAGUACCUGUCCCACUUCCUGAAGGAGGUGACCAGCUGGCAGCAGAAGCUGUCCACGGCAGACUCGGUCAUCUCCAUCUGGUUUGAAGUCCAGAGGACCUGGAGCCACCUGGAGAGCAUCUUCAUCGGCUCCGAGGACAUCCGGAACCAGCUCCCGGAGGACUCCAAGCGCUUUGACGCCAUCGAUCUGGAGUUCAAGGCCUUGAUGGAGGACGCGGUGAAGACCCCCAAUGUGGUGGAAGCCACCAACAAGCCAGGUCUCUACAACAAACUGGAGGCCCUCAAGAAAAGCUUGGCCAUGUGUGAAAAGGCUUUGGCAGAAUAUUUAGAGACCAAGAGACUGGCCUUCCCGAGGUUCUAUUUUGUGUCCUCAGCUGACCUGCUGGACAUCCUCUCCAAUGGCAACGAUCCUGUGGAGGUGAGUCGCCACCUGUCCAAACUCUUCGACAGCCUGUGUAAACUGAAGUUCCGCCUCGACGACAGUGGGAAGCCGCUCAAGUUCGGCCUGGGGAUGUACAGCAAGGAGGAGGAGUACGUGGAGUUCGACCAAGAGUGCGACCUCUCAGGGCAGGUGGAAGUGUGGCUGAAUCGAGUGCUGGACCGAAUGGUGGCCACCCUCCGGCACGAAAUUCCAGAGGCCGUGGUGACAUACGAGGAGAAGCCGAGGGAGCAGUGGAUCUUUGACUACCCAGCCCAGAUUGCCCUCACAUGCACCCAGAUCUGGUGGACCACGGAGGUGGGCCUGGCGUUUUCAAGGCUGGAGGAAGGCUAUGAAAACGCCAUCAAAGACUACAACAAAAAGCAGAUCAGCCAGCUGAAUGCACUUAUCACACUGCUCAUCGGGAACCUCAACCCCGGUGACAGGAUGAAGAUCAUGACGGUCUGCACCAUUGACGUGCAUGCCCGGGACGUGGUGGCCAAAAUGAUUGUUGCCAAGGUGGAGAGUUCUCAGGCCUUCACCUGGCAGUCCCAGCUCCGGCACCGCUGGGAUGAGGAGAAGCGACACUGCUUUGCCAACAUCUGUGAUGCCCAAAUCCGGUAUUCCUAUGAGUAUCUGGGCAACACGCCGCGGCUGGUCAUCACCCCCCUCACUGACAGGUGCUACAUCACCCUGACACAGUCCCUCCAUCUGAUCAUGGGCGGGGCGCCUGCUGGCCCCGCGGGGACUGGCAAGACGGAGACAACUAAGGACCUGGGCAGAGCGCUGGGCACCAUGGUGUACGUCUUCAACUGCUCCGAGCAAAUGGACUACAAGUCCUGUGGGAAUAUCUACAAGGGCCUGGCCCAGACCGGGGCCUGGGGCUGCUUUGAUGAGUUCAACCGGAUCUCGGUGGAGGUCUUGUCCGUGAUUGCUGUGCAGGUGAAAUGUGUCCAAGAUGCAAUUCGGGCCAAGAAAAAAACAUUUAAUUUCCUCGGAGAGACGAUAAGCCUCAUCCCCACCGUUGGCAUCUUCAUCACCAUGAACCCGGGGUACGCAGGGCGCACAGAGCUGCCUGAGAACUUAAAGGCUUUGUUCAGACCCUGCGCCAUGGUGGUCCCUGACUUUGAACUGAUCUGCGAGAUCAUGCUGGUGGCCGAGGGCUUCCUGGAGGCGCGCCUGCUGGCCAGGAAGUUCAUCACCCUCUACACCUUGUGCAAGGAGCUGCUGUCUAAGCAGGACCACUAUGACUGGGGCCUCCGCGCCAUCAAGUCUGUGCUGGUGGUGGCCGGUUCCCUGAAGAGGGGGGACCCCAGCCGAGCAGAGGACCAGGUGCUCAUGAGGGCCCUGAGAGACUUCAACAUCCCCAAAAUCGUGACCGACGACCUGCCUGUGUUCAUGGGGCUGAUUGGGGACCUCUUCCCAGCUCUGGACGUGCCUCGGAAGCGAGACCUGAACUUUGAGAAGGUCAUCAAGCAAAGCAUCGUGGAGCUCAGGCUGCAGGCCGAGGACAACUUCGUGCUGAAGGUGGUGCAGCUGGAGGAGCUGCUGCAGGUCCGACACUCCGUGUUCGUCAUCGGGAACGCGGGCAGCGGCAAGUCUCAGGUCCUCAAAUCCCUCAACAAGACCUACCAGAACCUGAAGAGGAAGCCGGUGGCUGUGGACCUGGACCCCAAGGCCGUCACCUGUGACGAGCUCUUCGGCAUCAUUAACCCGGCCACCAGAGAGUGGAAAGACGGCCUGUUCUCCACCAUCAUGCGAGACCUAGCCAACCUCACUCACGAGGGCCCCAAGUGGAUCGUCCUGGAUGGGGACAUAGACCCCAUGUGGAUCGAGUCCCUCAACACCGUCAUGGAUGACAACAAGGUCCUCACCCUGGCCAGCAAUGAGCGAAUCCCCUUGAACCGCACCAUGAGGCUGGUAUUUGAGAUCAGCCACCUGAGGACGGCCACCCCGGCCACGGUGUCCAGGGCUGGCAUCCUCUACAUCAACCCAGCAGACCUGGGAUGGAACCCGGUGGUGAGCAGCUGGAUCGAGAGGCGCAAGGUGCAGUCGGAGAAGGCCAACCUGAUGAUCCUCUUCGACAAGUACCUGCCCACCUGCCUGGACAAGCUGCGCUUCGGGUUUAAGAAGAUCACGCCGGUGCCGGAGAUCACCGUCAUCCAGAUGAUCCUGUAUCUGCUCGAGUGUCUGCUCACGGAGAAGAACGCGCCGCCCGACUCGCCCAAGGAGCUGUACGAGCUCUAUUUCGUGUUCGCCUGCUUCUGGGCCUUCGGUGGGGCCAUGUUCCAGGACCAGCUUGUAGAUUAUCGAGUCGAGUUCAGUAAGUGGUGGAUCAACGAAUUCAAAACCAUCAAGUUUCCCUCCCAGGGAACAGUUUUUGACUACUACAUCGACCCUGACACUAAGAAAUUCCUGCCCUGGACAGACAAAGUGCCCAGCUUUGAGUUGGACCCAGAUGUCCCACUGCAGGCCUCUCUGGUCCACACCACCGAGACCACCCGCAUCCGCUACUUCAUGGACUUGCUCAUGGAGAAGGGCUGGCCCCUGAUGCUGGUGGGGAACGCGGGGACCGGCAAGUCGGUGCUGAUGGGGGACAAGCUGGAGAGCCUGAACACAGACGACUACCUGGUACAGGCCGUGCCCUUCAACUUCUACACGACCUCGGCCAUGCUGCAGGGUGUGCUUGAGAAGCCGCUGGAGAAGAAGUCAGGGAGGAACUAUGGGCCCCCAGGCACCAAGAAGCUGAUCUACUUCAUCGAUGACAUGAACAUGCCCGAGGUGGACAAGUACGGGACAGUGGCCCCACACACCCUCAUCCGGCAGCACAUGGACCACGGGCACUGGUACGACAGACAGAAGCUGACGUUAAAAGAUGUUCACAACUGUCAGUACGUGGCCUGCAUGAACCCCACUUCCGGGUCCUUCACCAUUGACCCCCGACUUCAGCGCCACUUCUGCGUGUUUGCUGUGAGCUUCCCUGGCCAGGAGGCCCUCACGACCAUCUACAACACCAUCCUGAGCCAGCACCUGGCCUACCGCACAAUCCCCAUGACCAUCCAGAGGAUGAGCAACCAGCUGGUGGCGGCAGCUCUGGCCUUGCAUCAGAAAGUCACGGCCACGUUUCUGCCCACGGCCAUUAAGUUUCAUUACGUCUUCAACCUCAGGGACCUCUCCAACAUCUUUCAGGGGCUCUUAUUUUCCACGUUAGAGUGUCUGAAGAUCCCACUGGACCUUGCCCGGCUUUGGCUGCAUGAAGCUGAACGAGUGUAUGGUGACAAGAUGGUUGAUGAAAAGGACCAGGAAACACUGCGUAGAGUCACCAUAGCUUCCACCAAGAAAUUCUUUGAUGAUCUUGGCGAUGAACUCUUAUUUGCCAAACCAAAUAUCUUCUGCCAUUUUGCUCAAGGGAUUGGAGAUUCCAAAUACUUCCCUGUAACUGACAUGGCGCAUCUGAACAAGCUACUUGUAGAUGCCCUCGACAGUUACAAUGAAGUGAACGCCGUCAUGAAUUUGGUGCUGUUUGAAGAUGCGGUGGCUCACAUCUGUAAGAUCAAUCGCAUCCUGGAGUCUCCCCGGGGGAACGCCCUGCUGGUAGGGGUGGGUGGCAGUGGCAAACAGAGCCUGUCCCGCCUGGCGGCGUACAUCAGUGCCCUGGACGUGUUUCAGAUCACCCUCAAGAAGGGAUACGGGAUCCCCGACCUCAAGCUUGACCUUGCUGCUCAGUACAUCAAGUCUGCCGUGAAGAAUGUGCCCUCGGUGUUCCUGAUGACAGACUCCCAGGUGGCCGAAGAGCAGUUUCUGGUGCUGAUCAAUGACCUGCUGGCCUCUGGGGAGAUCCCUGGGCUGUUCACGGAUGAGGAGCUGGAGAAUAUCAUCUCCUCCAUGCGGCCGCAGGUCAAGUCCCUUGGCAUGAACGACACACGGGAGACGUGCUGGAAAUUCUUCAUUGACAAAGUGCGCCGGCAGCUCAAGGUGAUUCUGUGCUUCUCCCCUGUGGGCUCUGUCCUGCGUGUACGAGCAAGGAAGUUCCCUGCGGUGGUCAACUGCACGGCCAUCAACUGGUUCCACGAGUGGCCAGAAGACGCCCUGGUGUCUGUCAGUGCCCGCUUCCUGGAGGAGACUGAGGGGAUUCAGCGGGAAGUCAAGGCUUCCAUCAGCCUCUUCAUGGCCUAUGUGCACACCACCGUCAAUGACAUGUCCAAGAUGUACCUGGCUACCGAGAGGCGCUACAACUACACCACACCCAAAACCUUCCUGGAGCAGAUCAAACUGUACCAGAACCUGCUGGCCAAGAAGAGGAUGGAGCUUGUUGCGAAAAUUGAGAGGCUGGAGAAUGGGCUGAUGAAGCUGCAGAGCACAGCUUCCCAGGUGGAUGACCUGAAGGCUAAGCUGGCGAUUCAGGAGGCUGAGCUCAAGCAAAAGAAUGAGAACGCAGACAAGCUGAUCCAGGUGGUCGGUGUGGAGACAGAGAAGGUCAGCAAAGAGAAAGCCAUCGCUGAUGAGGAGGAAGUGAAGGUUGAGGUCAUCAACAAGAAUGUCACUGAGAAACAAAAGGCUUGUGAGACAGACCUGGCCAAAGCAGAACCAGCCCUGCUGGCCGCACAGGAAGCGCUGGACACUCUGAACAAGAACAAUCUGACGGAGCUGAAGUCCUUUGGGUCCCCCCCGGAUGCCGUGGUCAAUGUUACGGCCGCCGUCAUGAUCCUGACGGCACCUGGGGGCAAGAUCCCCAAGGACAAGAGCUGGAAGGCUGCGAAGAUCAUGAUGGGCAAAGUAGACACCUUCUUGGACUCACUGAAGAAGUUCGACAAGGAGCACAUCCCCGAGGCCUGCCUGAAAGCGUUUAAGCCAUACCAAGGCAACCCAACCUUCGACCCUGAGUUCAUCCGCUCCAAGUCCACGGCCGCUGCAGGCCUGUGCUCCUGGUGCAUCAACAUCGUCCGCUUCUAUGAGGUCUACUGCGAUGUGGCCCCCAAGAGGCAGGCCCUGGAGGAGGCUAAUGCGGAGCUGGCAGAGGCGCAGGAGAAGCUGUCCCGGAUCAAAAACAAGAUUGCCGAACUCAACGCCAACCUGAACAACCUGACGUCGGCCUUUGAGAAAGCGACAGCUGAGAAAAUCAAAUGUCAGCAAGAGGCUGAUGCCACAAACAGGGUCAUCUCCCUGGCUAACAGGCUGGUGGGAGGAUUAGCCUCAGAGAACGUCCGCUGGGCUGAAUCGGUGGAGAACUUCAAAAAGCAGGGCAUCACGCUGUGCGGGGACGUCCUGCUCAUCUCCGCCUUCGUCUCCUACGUGGGCUACUUCACUAAGAAAUACCGAAAUGAGCUGAUGGAGAAAUUCUGGAUCCCUUAUAUCAAUCAGUUAAAGGUCCCCAUCCCAAUCACCGAAGGCCUAGACCCCUUGAGCCUGCUGACCGACGAUGCGGAUGUGGCCUCUUGGAACAACCAGGGCCUCCCCAGCGACCGCAUGUCCACUGAGAACGCCACCAUCCUGUGCAACACAGAGCGCUGGCCCCUGAUCGUGGACGCCCAGCUUCAAGGAAUCAAGUGGAUCAAAAACAAAUAUGGGAACGAACUGAAAGCCAUCCGCCUGGGACAGAAGAGCUACCUGGACAUCAUUGAGCGGGCCAUUUCAGAAGGGGAUACCCUGCUCAUCGAGAACAUCGGCGAGACCGUGGAGCCCGUGCUGGAUCCCUUACUGGGCAGGAACACAAUCAAGAAGGGAAAGUACAUUAAGAUUGGGGACAAGGAGGUGGAGUACCACCACAACUUCCGCCUGAUCCUGCACACCAAGUACUUCAACCCACACUACAAGCCGGAGAUGCAGGCACAGUGCACCCUCAUCAACUUCCUGGUCACCAGGGACGGCCUCGAGGACCAGCUCUUGGCUGCUGUGGUGGCCAAAGAGCGCCCAGAUCUAGAACAGCUGAAGGCAAACCUCACCAAGUCUCAAAAUGAAUUUAAGAUUGUUCUGAAAGAGCUGGAAGACUCUCUCCUGGCCCGUCUGUCAGCUGCGUCGGGGAACUUUCUGGGUGACACUGCCUUGGUGGAGAAUCUGGAGACCACCAAACACACGGCCAGCGAGAUUGAGGAGAAGGUGCAAGAAGCAAAGAUCACAGAAGUUAAGAUCAAUGAGGCGAGAGAGAGCUACCGUCCUGCUGCAGAGAGGGCGUCGCUGCUGUACUUCAUCCUCAACGACCUCAACAAGAUCAACCCCAUCUACCAGUUCUCGCUCAAGGCCUUCAACGUGGUGUUUGAGAAAGCUAUCCAGAAGACGGCUCCCGCCGACGAGGUGAAGCAGCGUGUGAUCAACCUGACGGACGAGAUCACCUACUCGGUCUACAUGUACACCGCCCGGGGGCUCUUCGAGCGAGACAAACUCAUUUUUCUGGCACAAGUUACAUUUCAGGUCUUAUCCAUGAAGAAAGAGCUGAACCCAGUGGAGCUGGACUUCCUCCUACGGUUCCCUUUUAAGGCUGGCGUCGUGUCGCCGGUGGACUUCCUACAGAACCAAGGCUGGGGUGGGAUCAAGGCCCUCUCAGAGAUGGACGAGUUCAAAAACUUGGAUAGUGACAUCGAAGGAUCCGCCAAGCGGUGGAAAAAGCUGGUGGAGUCAGAAGCCCCAGAAAAGGAGAUUUUCCCAAAGGAGUGGAAGAACAAGACGGCCCUGCAGAAGCUGUGCAUGGUGCGCUGCAUGCGGCCUGACCGCAUGACCUAUGCCGUCAAGAACUUUGUGGAGGAGAAGAUGGGCAGCAAGUUUGUGGAAGGCCGGAGCGUUGAAUUCUCUAAGUCGUAUGAGGAGAGCAGCCCCUCCACACCGAUCUUCUUCAUCCUCUCCCCAGGGGUAGACCCCCUGAAAGAUGUGGAAGCCUUGGGGAAAAAGCUGGGAUUUACCAUAGACAAUGGGAAACUCCAUAAUGUGUCCCUGGGGCAGGGACAAGAGGUAGUGGCCGAGAACGCUCUGGAUGUGGCCGCAGAGAGUGGACACUGGGUCAUUCUGCAGAACAUCCACCUGGUGGCCCGCUGGCUGGGCACACUGGACAAGAAGGUGGAGCGCUAUAGCAGCGGCAGCCACGAGGACUACCGUGUGUUCAUCAGCGCGGAGCCAGCCCCCAGCCCCGAAUCCCACAUCAUCCCCCAGGGCAUCCUGGAAAACGCCAUCAAGAUCACCAACGAGCCCCCUACGGGCAUGUAUGCCAACCUGCACAAGGCCCUGGACCUCUUCACCCAGGACACCCUGGAGAUGUGCACCAAAGAGAUCGAGUUCAAGUGCAUCCUCUUUGCCCUGUGCUACUUCCACGCCGUGGUGGCCGAGAGGCGCAAGUUUGGUGCACAGGGCUGGAACCGGUCGUACCCCUUCAACAAUGGGGACCUUACCAUCUCCAUCAACGUGCUCUACAAUUACCUAGAGGCCAACCCCAAGGUCCCCUGGGAUGAUCUCCGCUACCUCUUUGGUGAAAUCAUGUACGGCGGUCACAUCACAGAUGACUGGGACCGCCGGCUGUGCAGGACCUACCUGGCAGAGUACAUCCGUGCAGAGAUGCUAGAGGGAGAGGUCCUCCUGGCCCCCGGGUUCCAGAUACCCCCCAACCUGGACUACAAGGGUUACCACGAAUACAUUGAUGAGAACCUUCCCCCCGAGAGUCCCUAUCUGUAUGGCCUGCACCCCAACGCGGAGAUUGGCUUUCUGACGGUCACCUCGGAGAAACUGUUCCGCACUGUCCUAGAAAUGCAGCCCAAAGAGACCGACUCGGGAGCAGGCACAGGAGUCUCCCGAGAGGAGAAGGUGAAGGCCGUGCUGGACGACAUCCUCGAGAAGAUCCCAGAAACAUUCAACAUGGCUGAGAUCAUGGCAAAGGCUGCUGAGAAAACCCCCUAUGUGGUAGUCGCUUUUCAAGAAUGUGAAAGGAUGAACAUCCUGACCAACGAGAUGCGCCGUUCACUGAAGGAGCUGAACCUGGGGCUGAAGGGGGAACUGACGAUCACGACUGACAUGGAAGACCUGUCCACGGCUCUCUUCUACGACACUGUGCCGGACACAUGGGUGGCCCGGGCCUACCCCUCCAUGAUGGGCCUGGCGGCCUGGUAUGCCGACCUACUGCUUCGCAUCAGGGAACUCGAGGCCUGGACGACAGACUUUGCCCUUCCUACCACAGUGUGGCUAGCGGGGUUCUUCAACCCCCAGUCCUUCCUCACCGCCAUCAUGCAGUCCAUGGCCAGGAAAAACGAGUGGCCCCUGGACAAGAUGUGUCUCUCUGUGGAAGUGACCAAGAAAAAUCGGGAGGACAUGACUGCUCCCCCCCGAGAGGGCUCCUAUGUGUAUGGGCUCUUCAUGGAAGGAGCUCGCUGGGACACCCAGACUGGAGUCAUCGCUGAAGCGCGGCUGAAGGAGCUGACGCCAGCCAUGCCUGUGAUCUUCAUCAAGGCCAUCCCUGUGGAUCGCAUGGACACCAAGAACAUAUAUGAGUGUCCCGUGUAUAAAACACGCAUCCGUGGCCCCACCUACGUCUGGACCUUCAAUCUGAAGACCAAAGAGAAGGCCGCGAAGUGGAUCCUGGCGGCUGUGGCACUGCUCCUACAAGUGUAGCCCGCCCCAUGCCCCCAGCACAGCACAGCCCAACACAACUUAGAACUUCCACCCAGAAGCCCAGCCCUGCAACUCUUGCUGUCCUUUACAAGAAUGCAGAGUUGCUUGGGGUUCUCUUAAAUAAUCAGGUACUUUACGACCAAGUACAUCUGAACUAACUAGAGGGUGAGGUUAACAUGGAAGAAGGCACAGAUUAAAAAACUGGAGCCACUCAGCUGCUCGUCUAAUUUGCCUGCAAUAGCCUUUGGCUCAUGCCUGAGCCACCAAGGGCCUGGCAUUGGCUUGGGGUGAGGCCCCCAGCUCCCGGCAGCCAAGGGCAAGCGUCCCAGGAGCCAAACCCUAAACCCUGACUUCAUGGGUUGGGGGUGGAGGGUCAUUCAGGUUUGUUUUUCAACACAGCAGCAUGUGGCUGUCACACCAUUCUGCCCACCAGUGAAGGGCAGGGCAUCCCCCACCCCCAGUGUCUCCUCAAGGACAGGAGGACCCUUUGCCCACCCCAACCCCACCUCCAGAAUUUGGAAGAACUAUUUCACACAGGAACUCAGUGACCACCUUCAACCUGUGCAUGUGUCCCGGGAGGUCACCAGUUCUUACGUCCACUUCCUCUGCGGCAGCUCUGACAUUUUCUCUCCUCUACUCCCCCACCAACAGUCCCCACUUCCUGCCCACAUUGCAGGCUGGGUAAACCCACGAGGGGAGUGUGCGGGCUCAGGCUCCAUGGGAGCUAGUCUAGGACCAGGGAAGGCCCCUCCACAGAGAGUUAUGGUCCUGGCAUAAGGAAGACCAAGGUCUCUGUUCUUCAUAUGACUCCUUUGGCCUAUUUGUGACACAGUCAUUGAUAGAACCACCAUAAAAAAGCACCCACAGGAUCGGCGCCUG